AUGAGUGACGACGACGUUACUAUAAUGGAAGUUGACGAGGUAGAUCCUAAGCCCAGCAAGUCUGUAAAAGUUCAAAGUAAAGUUACUUCACAUUUACCGUGGAUAGAAAAGUACAGACCUCAGACAUUUGCUGAUAUAGUAGGGAACGAGGACACUGUGUCGCGUCUAGCAGUGUUUGCACGUACUGGCAACGCACCUAAUAUAAUAAUAGCGGGACCACCCGGUGUCGGUAAAACCACAACAAUAUUGUGUUUAGCUCGCGUACUUCUCGGUCCCGCGUUCAAAGACGCUGUACUCGAAUUAAACGCGUCAAAUGAUCGUGGUAUCGAUGUUGUGCGUAAUAAAAUCAAAAUGUUCGCUCAACAGAAGGUUACUUUACCUCCUGGAAGGCAUAAAAUAGUUAUUCUGGAUGAAGCCGACAGUAUGACAGAUGGAGCCCAGCAGGCUCUGAGGCGUACCAUGGAACUUUACUCCAGCACCACGCGUUUUGCUCUAGCCGCUAACAACAGUGAGAAGAUUAUUGAACCGAUCCAGUCUCGUUGUGCUGUCUUACGUUACACUAAACUUACCGAUGCCCAGAUACUAGCUAAGGUUAUUGAAGUAUGUGAGAAAGAAAACUUGUCCUACACAGAGGAAGGAGUGAAUGCCGUUGUUUUUACCGCUCAAGGAGACUUGAGAGCUGCUCUCAAUAACUUACAGUCCACAGCUCAGGGCUUUGCCCACGUCAGUCCUGACAAUGUGUUCAAGGUGUGCGAUGAACCACACCCGAUGCUCGUUAAGACUAUGUUAGAAGCUUGUACAAGGAAGGAUAUCUAUGAAGCCUAUAAGGUGAUAGCAAAGCUAUGUCGUCUCGGUUAUGCCACCGAGGACAUAUUGAGUAACAUGUUCCGAGUGAGCAAGACUCUGUCUGUGUCCGAAGAUGUACGUCUAGGGUUGAUCAAACAGAUCGGAAUCACACAGAUGAGGGCUGCAGAUGGACUCACAUCACAGCUACAAUUGGCAGCCCUACUGGCUAGGAUGUGUGGGGGAAAGGGGGUCGAUGAAGAAUAG